CGGGGCGAAGCGGUGACGCCAGCUCCCCCUACCCCCUCCCCGUCGGUGCCCGGCGAGGCGGAGGCGGAGGCCGAGGAAGAUGGCGAAGACUUACGAUUACCUCUUCAAGCUGCUGCUGAUCGGGGACUCGGGCGUGGGCAAGACCUGCCUGCUCUUCCUCUUCAGCGAGGACGCCUUCAACACCACCUUCAUCUCCACAAUCGGAAUUGACUUCAAAAUCAGAACAAUAGAACUAGAUGGAAAGAAAAUCAAGCUACAGAUAUGGGAUACAGCAGGUCAGGAAAGGUUCCGUACAAUUACAACGGCAUAUUACCGAGGAGCCAUGGGAAUUAUGCUGGUGUAUGACAUCACAAAUGAGAAAUCUUUUGACAACAUUAAAAACUGGAUAAGAAACAUUGAAGAGCAUGCGUCUUCAGAUGUAGAAAGAAUGAUCCUGGGUAACAAAUGUGAUAUGAAUGAGAAGAGACAAGUCUCAAAAGAAAAAGGAGAGAAGUUAGCAAUUGAUUAUGGAAUCAAAUUUUUGGAGACAAGUGCAAAAUCCAGUAUCAAUGUGGAAGAGGCAUUCUUUACGCUUGCACGGGAUAUUAUGACAAAGCUCAACAGAAAAAUGAAUGACAAUAGUUCAUCAGGCGCAGGUGGACCAGUAAAAAUAACUGAAAAUCGAUCAAAGAAGAGCAGCUUCUUUCGAUGCACGCUACUUUGAUGAACUUCUAAUGAUAGACUGCAGCACACUUAGAACCUUUUCUGCUUCUUUGAAAGCACAGGGUCACAGCCUCAAAAAAAAUACCACCAAGCUGCUGCUGAGAGCUCCAUUAAACGCAGACUGCACUAAACAAAAUACCAAGUGGAUUUUGCUCAUUAAGCCUAUUGACCUGCCAGGCUCCUCUUUCUCAAAUAUGGAAGCAAUGAAGUGGAGACACAAAUGCAGGACUUUCUCUGUUUUCUUCAUUACGUUCUGUUUGUAUUGCCUGUUGCAAAAGCUGCUAAUUUCUUUUAACUUUGCACAUCCAUAUUAGCCUUUUUUUGCCUGUUCUAGCACAAUCUUACACUUAUUUGCACAGUUUGUCUUAUAAGUAAAAUUCUUAACAGA